AAACUCUAGAACAAAAUCUAUGCAAAUAACGACUCACAGCACAAAACAUAAUCAGGACCUACCCACCGAAAUUUAUAAUGCUGAAAUUGACAAUGCCAAAAUCAACGACAUCGAACACGGCGAUACCUGA